GGUGUGUGAUCUAAGAUGGUUGCGGUGUCAAAUGAGAAUUCUAAAAUACACUGAAAAUAUAUAUUUUCCAUAGUUAAGUGUAUUUUAUUUAUUAGCAGUGAUAAAUGAAACUAGCCGGAACUUGAACAUAAUACAUCAAUGGGUUGAAUAAAAAUUAACAAUUUGUUUUGUGAAUCAGUAUCCAAAAUCUCGGGAUGUGAUCGGAAGAACAAAGGUUUCUUAGUUGUUUUCAGGAAUAUCUUGUUGGAAACAUUCAUCUGUAAUGUGUGAAAAACAAAACUAGUGAGUUUUUAGAUAAUGACAAAAUCAUAAUUACAAUCAGCACGUACAGUUGCAAACCGGUCCGAUUUUACUUCGUUAAAGUUUUAAGUGUGGUAAUACGGAAUGUUUUGUUUUUGUUAGUGAGAAUGUUACUAUCAAGGACUUACCUAAAGUUAAGACUUUAAAAGGUGCUUUUUUAGUUUUAUUUAAUGUGCAUUGAACAGAGGAAACUUUCACAUACUUUGAGUAGUUCAAAUGUUUUACAUAAACACUUGAAUGUUUAAUUCAAUGGGUCCACCCUCACAGUCCUGGCCUUAUUAGGCCUUAGGUGGUGGCGUGCUGGCAUCACCACGUGAGUCCACGGGGAGGGCACAGAAUGGGCGUACUGAUCAUUGCCGUAGCCCUCUCUGUUCUGGUAGCAGUAGCUGGCGGAAGCUCUCCCAUCAUAACUCAGUUUCCGACCACCGUGGCGGGCAACUGCUCGUCUUCGCAUAUCAAGCGGUUGCAACAUCUGGUCGUGGAUCGUGCCACCGGGAAACUUUAUGUGGGAGGCACCAAUCGCCUGGUCCAACUGGACGCUAAGCUCAAUGUGGAAGAGUGUGUUGUCACGGGUCCCAAGGAAGACAGCGCACUAUGCCACGCUAGCGGCUGUAGCUCGGAUGAUAUCGAAAGGUCUUUAACAGAUAAUGUGAACAAGAUUAUGGUAAUCGAUUCUGAAUCAAAGUCUUUAAUCGCUUGUGGGUCUGUUUCUCAAGGAGCCUGUGAAAAAUUCAAAUUGUCGAACAUUUCUCUUCAAAGUCAAUUCAUACCCAUGAGCAUCGCUGCCAAUGACGAGACUGCAUCGACUUAUGCCUUCAUCGGGCCCGAGAACUACAAUCAGUGGGGGCGCUCUAAUGUCUUGUAUGUGGGCACCACCUUCACCAACAACGGAGAGUUCCGUCACGAUGUUCCUGCCAUCGCCAGCAGAAGCCUUUAUAAUCUAGAUAUCGCUGAAUACUCCUUCUCGAAGCAAUCUCUUUUGAGGAUAGACGUCAAAUAUAGAGACCAUUUUCUCGUUAAAUAUGUUUAUGGUUUUAAUUCUAGUGACUUUGCCUACUUCGUGAUAGUUCAAAAACAGUCUCAUUUACCUGGACAGGAAGAAUUAGGAUAUGUGACUAGGUUAGCCCGAGUGUGUAUCAACGAUGCUAACUACGACAGUUACACAGAAGUGACAUUACAGUGUGUUGUGAAAGAUGAAAACACUGUUAUAAAUUAUAAUCUCAUCCAAGAUGCCAAAGUGACAGUUUCCAGUGAAGAUAUUGCCCUCUCCCUCGGUAUUGACCCUGGUGACCAUAUCCUUGUAGGUACAUUCUCGCCUAGUCGUACAAUCACGAGCGAUCCUCUCCCAAAGUCAGCUAUCUGCAUCUACAGUCUCCAAGAGAUUGAAGCGAAAUUCAACGAAAACAUACACAUGUGCUUUAAUGGUAGUACCAAGUAUAGAAACAUGGGAUAUAUCUCUGGAAUGAUCCUUGAUGGGAACUGCCCGACUGCUGGGUCUACUGGUAACAUCUUGAACUUCUGUGAGGUGGGAUUGAAAAUCUCUGGCAUUGUGCCAAUAACUAUCACUGCUGCCAUCCACUACCCUAACUAUCUAAUGACAUCCGUCCUGCUAGCAGCAACUGAAAGACAUUUGGUUAUAUUUGUUGGAACCUCAACUGGUAUCAUUAAAAAGGUACUUGCUACGAGUCCAGGAGUAGCUACGGAGUAUGAUGAAAUGAUUAUAGACAAAGACUCAGCUAUUCUUCCAGACACUGCUGUUGCUCCUAACAAAGAGUUUCUCUAUGUCCUUACUACUACAAAGGUGCUAAAAGUGCCACUAGAGCAUUGUAGCAGUUAUACAAAUUGUUCUUCGUGUUUGGAAGCUAAGGACCCAUAUUGUGGAUGGUGUUCUUUGGAGAGGCGGUGUACAGUAAGAAGUGCUUGUCAGAAGGCCAGUCACAGCUCUCCUCGGUGGUUGUCUCUUGGCACAGGACAGCAAUGCAUUGAUUUUGAGCAGAUUCUACCCGACCGUAUCCCAGUAACUCAGAUGACCACGGUUCAGUUAACGAUACGCACUCUGCCAGAGUUGCCGGCUGGAGCAAAGUACCGAUGUGUGUUUGGAGGUGCCGAGCCAAUAGAUGCUGGAGUGACGGCACUCGGCCUGUCUUGCUCCACGCCUCCUGUCUCCUCUCGCCCCUCCAUCCCCUCCGGCCAAGACCAUGUUCUUGUCCCUCUCUCUGUGCGUUCCUCCGAGACCAACAAAGACUUUGUGUCCCGCAACUUUGCCUAUUACGACUGUGCGAUGCACACCAAGUGUUCUGACUGUGUUCAAGCUCAGUGGGCUUGCAACUGGUGUGUGUAUGAGAACAAGUGCACACACAACACAUCAACUUGCCAGCGGACAAUCAUCAGUGGGGAAAACAACCCGACCCAGCUGACCAAUCACGGUGUGAAUUCCUGCCCACGGUUCCGACAUCCAAAGCAAAAGAUUCUGCUUCCCAACAGUGUUCCUAAGGAGAUUGUUCUGGAGGUUGAGAAUCUGCCUCAUCCUCAGCCUGGACACACAGGUUUCCAGUGUAUUGUCACCAUAGAGGGGGCCAAGAUGAUGGUGCCUGCUCGAGUAGAGGCCAACCAGUUUAUUGUCUGUGAUAAAACCAUGUACUCUUACGAAGCCAACACGGGGGAGUACGAUGCCAGCAUCAGCAUGGUGUGGAACCGCAACCAUCACGUGGACACUGUGACAGUGACGUUGUACAAGUGUGACAUCCUCGGGUCUCAUAGAGAACACCCUGACUGCUCGUUGUGUGUCACUCGUCACUCCAAGUACCACUGUACGUGGUGCGCUAACACUUGCAGCUAUAGCGACACCUGUCAACAGAUACCUGCCACUGAAUGUCCUCGGCCCCGCAUAGAUAUGAUAAAACCGCUGAGUGGCCCAGUUGAAGGGGGGACCUUUGUCACUAUUGAGGGAAGCAACCUCGGACUGAAGGAGGAGGAUGUUAGAGGAAAAAUCCACAUCGGAGAUACUCCUUGUACUCUGGUGGAGUACGAAGUGUCAGUCAAGAUAACCUGUCAGACAGGGCCCUCUGAUGUGGAGAAAGAAGCCUCUGUCAUCAUAGGAAACCAGGCUGGCUUUACUGAGUCAUCUGUCCACUUUAGUUAUAAGAAUGUACAAGUGGAGGGAGUAUCCCCGGUGGUCGGGCCACAGAGUGGAGGUACACAGUUGGCUCUCACUGGUCAAUUCCUCAACAUUGGCAGCAGAGUGACCGUCUACUUGGACGAGCUGCCUUGUCACGUCAAUGCCACACAGGCCUCCAGUACAAGACUCACCUGCAUCACUUCCCGCUCUCCCAACCUCCGCAAGAUAAAUUCCUUAGUUCUCUCCAUCGACGGAGCCAACAGAACUCUGAGCGCCAGGGAUGGACAAAAUGCUCCAUUCACUUACAUGCAAGACCCUAAAGUUAUGGAGAUAAAACCACUCAAGAGUUUUGUAUCCGGUGGUAGAAUGAUCACAGUGCACGGCACAAACCUCGAUACUAUUCAGAAACCGGAGAUGGUUGUUUAUACAGACUCAAGCCUCAACCCCAUCAAUAAAUCUGAAUGCUUUGUUCUAAACCCUGCCCAGAUGGAAUGCCCCUCUCCAGCUGUUAACAAAGAGUUUACUAAAGGAAUGCGCCGAGCCGAGCGUUCACUACCAAACAAGUUUCACGAGAACCAUUUGUCACUUAAAAUCGGAUUCAUUAUGGACCAUGUUGAAGCUGUAAGUGACUUAGAAAAACACUUCAAAAACCUCCGGCCACAUCUGCUGUACUUGGAAGAUCCGAAGUUCUUUGAGUUCCCGAAUGAUAUAAAACUGUACAAGGGAGACACACUGGUAAUCGAGGGAGAAAAUUUGAACUUGGCCAGUGACGAGUCAGAUGUGAAUGUAACUAUAGGAACCUUAGCUUGUAACGUGACAUCAUUGGCAUCAACACAACUCGUGUGUUCACCUCCAGAAAGUCAACCUCAGCCUACCGAUGAAUUGGGAGUCAAAACUGACACAGGACUUCCCUUAGUUGUGGUUCGAGUUGGCAAGUUCUUGAGGUUCCCAAUUGGCUAUCUUCGCUAUGAAAUGAUCCGUCCAUACGCCAUUCCUCCAGAAGCCAUAGCUGGGAUUGCCACGGGAACAAUCAGUCUGCUGCUUUUGUUUGUCAUCGUACUGGUUGUCUAUCGUAGGAAGUCCACUCAAGCGGAGCGGGAAUACAAGAGAAUUCAGAUUCAGAUGGACACACUUGAAAGUAACGUGCGUUCUGAGUGUAAAAUGGAUGAAAAGCGACUAUGUUCGCCAAGCUUAGUUGAUGGACCACCAACUCAGCGUAGACCUGAGACCAUUUAUAAUUUAUGUUCCUGUCAAAGUCAACAUUGCCUAAAGAUGUACGGGAGAUCAUUUGAAGCCUUUGCGGAACUUCAAACAGACAUGACUGAUUUGACUGCCGACCUUGAGUCCUCUGGCAUUCCCAUGUUGGAUCACAAUGAAUACAUCCUCAAAGUGUUCUUUCCAGGAGUCAGAGAUCAUCCUAUUCUCAAUAAUCCUAAGGUCAGGAUAAAUGGACCUCCCACAAACUAUGAUGCCGCCAUGGUCCAGUUUGAACACUUGAUCAACAACAAGAAUUUUAUUCUUAAUUUUAUAGAAACAUUAGAAGCUCAAAAGUCUUUCAAUAUACGAGAUAAGGUGAACGUCGCAUCAUUGUUAAUGGUGGUUCUCAUGGGCAAGAUGGAGUAUGCAACAGAUAUCCUGCGUAACUUGCUUUUGAGGUUGAUGGAAAAGUCUGUCUCCACCAAACAUCCACAGCUAAUGCUGCGCAGAACUGAAUCUGUUGUUGAGAAGAUGCUCACUAACUGGAUGGCUCUUUGUAUGUACAAAUACCUCAAGGACUAUGCUGGAUCAUCACUCUUCCUACUGUACAAAGCCAUCAAACAUCAGAUUGAGAAGGGUCCAGUAGAUGCAGUCACACAUGACGCCAGGUAUUCCCUGUCAGAGGAGCGGCUGUUACGCGAGCAGAUUGAUCAUAGUGUUGUGACUCUUCAUGUGAUGCAAGAUGAUAUGGAUGAGAAGAUUCAGUGCAAGGUUUUGGACUGUGACACAAUUAGUCAGGUCAAAUCCAAGAUCCUUGACGCUCUUUACAAGAAUACACCCUUCUCAAUGCGGCCAUCCAUACAUGAGUUAGAUUUAGAAUGGAGACAUGGAAGAGGGGGACAUUUGACAUUGCAAGAUGAAGAUCUGACAACAAAGUCUGUUUGUGGCUGGCGCAAACUAAACACCUUAGCACACUACGGUGUCAAGGAAUCUGCGGUCAUGUCCGUCAUACCACGACAGAAUGAUGGUUUCAACGCCAACUGUAAGCAGCCUUGUCAUAAUUGUACGAGCACAUACUUGGGGAAUUCAUUGUCCCCAAUAAUUGCAAGUAACGGAGAUGUUGAGGCUGGAUCUAACAUGCACAUUUACCAUCUGGUUAAACCUCCUGAUGAUCACGGUUACAUGAGCAACAAAAGUACGGAACGAACGCACAAAGCAAUCCCGGAAAUAUUCCUCACCCGUCUUCUCUCCACUAAAGGCACAAUUCAGAAGUUUGUUGAUGACUUCUUCACGACCAUCUUAACUGCUAAUGAAGCGUUGCCUCCAGCAGUAAAAUGGCUGUUUGACCUUUUUGAUGAGGCAGCUCGGCGACAUAACAUAGUCGAUCCAGAAGUAGUCCAUGCUUGGAAAUCAAAUAGUCUUCCUCUGAGAUUUUGGGUAAACUUCAUCAAGAAUCCAGAUUUCAUCUUCGACAUCAACAAAACCACACCAGUGGAUUCAUGCUUGUCUGUGAUCGCACAAACCUUUAUGGACGCCUGUUCAACAACAGACCAUAGGCUCGGAAAAGACUCUCCCUCCAACAAACUAUUAUUUGCUAAGGAUAUUCCGCACUAUCGAGAAAUUGUAUCCAGGUUUUACAUGGAUGUGGCCAUGCUGCCUCAGAUCACAGAUCAAGAGUUGAGCACUGCUAUGCAACAUCUUUCCAUCUCUCAGGCUGGCCAUUUCCACACAAUCUCUGCCCUCAAAGAACUGUACAUAUAUGUUACUAAAUAUAGCGAACAAAUUUUGGAAUGCUUGGACAGUGAUCCUAUCUGUAAAAAGCAGCAUCUUGCUCACAAGCUGGAGAAUGUCGCAUGUACCCUCGAGGGAGAGGAGACUUCGACCUGCUGACAAACGUCGUCACCUGAUCUCGACCUGGACUAGACUGUGAUAUUCCUUGUGAUGUGGGUCAGGUGACUUCUUAUUCUUCUCUUCACCAGUCACAGUUGAACAUUAUAUUGUACAUUUUAGAUUUAUUCGGACAAGUUUUCAAGUGCUGCGGUCUAUUAUGUGUAAUAGGAAGUGUUAGUUAUUGUCUUCUCCUCCGUGAGUGAACUAUAUACAUUACAUCAUUUUCAUACAGUCAACCGUGAUUGUGUUUUGGCGAUAAGUUUUACCCUUUUCGUAAGUGUUGCAUCCGUUCAGUGCAGAAGUAUUUAUUUAGUCAAGGUAAUAUAUAUUUUUAUGUUUUUAAAUCGCUAUGGCUUUAGAAUAACAACCCUGUGAUUUUUUUCUUUGGAUAAUCCAAUCUUAGUAUUAAAUUGUGAGUAUUUGUCUGCCACGCUGCAGUUUAAAGUCAUGAGAGCAGCAAUAAAUACAGUCUAGGAUUGUCACUCAUAGCUUAUUUUGCAUGUACGGAGCCAAACUCAAUAUUCAAAACAUAUUUAUAGUCCAUUCAACCACAGAAAAUAUACUACUAUAACCCAGAAUGCCAAUUUGGGUUAUAGUAGUAUGUUUUCUGUGAUUCAACUGUCAUUGACCAAAUUUUACUCAUUUUUAUCAGCUACAUCAAUUGAUUGCUUGGAAUUUUAGGAUGUAAUAAUUCGUACUCCUCAAAAAUAAUAAAUUGCUAGACCCUUUCCUUGUAUAUAAUCAUUAGAGUAGAAUUUACAAAUUGUCUUUCAAGAAUUGGUUUAAAAUUAAGAUGCGGAGAAAAUAUUUAAAAAGUAAUCUGAGAUUCCUAAAUAGUGCUGAUUGAACUACAAAGAUAAACAUUUCUCAAAAUUAAGACACCUUACGCUUCCUAAUGUUUGAUGUGAAAGUGAUGAGUUUCUUACCUGGCAUAUCCACAAAGUUAGCUUGGAAUUCUUUCCAUAAAAGUAUUAAACUGAAAUUUCUGAAAAUUUCUAUAACAUGGAUGCAAACAUACAUUAUUAUAAAUGUUUUUCUGAUAUACAUAAUUAAUUUCUGCAUAAGGGAAAUUACUCUUGACAGAUGUUUCUGUUGUAAAUUAAUGAAGCGCUCCUUGCGUUAUUACUAUCCAAAGUUUCUUUACCGAGCAGCUUUACAUAACAUAAAUAUGUUAGGCCUACUGUAAAUUAUCUUUAUUUGUAUUAUUUGUUUAAGGAUAUCUCUUUUAGUCUCAUGGUAAUAGAUUUUUUACAUAAUAAAUGUUGUAGUGACAAUAAAUAAUACAAACCUUGAACACAAUGCACAAUUAAAGUGCAACAUAAUAUAUAUGCAAUUUCUAAGAGUCACUAAGAUCCUAAGGUUGAAUUAUCCAAUGAUAAAGUUAUCUAUCAACACAAUUUAUUAAGCAAAUGUUUUUGCUUUGUAAUACCUCUUAGUUUAUAUUUUAGAUUAAACUGAUACAAAUGAUCUAAAUCAAAAGUCGAGUGUCACAACUAUCCAGGUUUACUGUUUGAAAAAAAGUUAACUUCGUAAUUACUUAAAAACUUCCUUUUUAAUUAUUCCUAAUUUAAAUUAACAAUUAAUUACUCAAAUAUUAUGAAGUGCCUUAAGGAAUGAAUUUGAAUGAUUGGAAUCCACGCUGAAUGUUAUAACCUGGAUUCUUGUGGCGCACGACUCUAUGAAGCACCAUUUCCUGAUAAGAGUGCCUCGUACUAAGUUUAUUUCAUUUCAAAAUAUAAUUUGGAAUACAGGUUGUAAUUUUUCCAUUUCAUAAUCUCAGUGCUAAAGUGUAAAUAUCAAGUUAAUUUAGUAGGUCCUCCUAUAUUAUAACCAAAAACCACCUCUAUUUUAUCCUUCAUACAAAUUUAUGUUAACUCAUUGAGAAAGAAAAUCUUGAUUUUAAACAUGCAAUUUUUUAAUGGAAACACACCUCAUAGUUACAUGUAGUAAAUUUUAUAUUAUUCAAUUCAUAACAAAAGUCAAAAGAUUUUAUGGAAACAGAUGAUAAUAUCAAGUAUACUUGGUCAUGUAAUAAAUUGAAUUGUAACUACGAUUUAAUGUAAUUCUAACAUAUUACCGCUUUACAGCAAAGAAACGUUUGAUGUAUUCAUAAACUGUAAUAGUAGUUUACGCAACAAUCACGUUACGACACAAGUAGAAACUUUUAAGGUAUGAGCCUUGGUGAGUGCCUUCAAAACUUCUACGAGUGUCGCUCACUAUUUACGCGAGUUGCGUAUACUACUUUACCUACAGCAGUUUUUAAUUACUAACAAUCACUACUUAUAACUUCUAAGAGAGGUAUGUUUUCAUUUAUAACCUCUCAUUGCCACUGACAGUGAUGCAAAGAAUCAUUGUACCAAACGCUAUUGCACCACUCAUUAACAAUUAAAUUGGUCUAAACAGCUGAUUAGUUGAUGUUCGAAGCAUUACAAUUUUACAUCUUUUCUCUCAAAUCCUCGAACCUCAUUGGUCCGUUAUCCGUGUUGUUAAGGAAAAAACAAUGCUGUUAAGUGAAUCUUUUCAAUUCUAAGAACUGAACUGAAACGGCUAGUUAAAAAAAAAAUGGCCUUAGAUAAAUAAUUUUAACUUCACUAAAUAUUUAAUAAUGGAUGUGUCUUCAUUAGGUUUAUAUGACAUUGUUACUAGUUCAUAUUAAUUGUUGUUACUUUGGAUAGCAAACAGUUUAUGUUAUUCAUAAUUUAUAGCUGUACAAACUGAUGACAUUUUAAUUAAUUACUCUUUUUUUAUUUUCUGAAAAAUGAGAUCUACGUAUCCUUUAAACUUUUAAAAUAAUUAUGCGGCCAGGUUAAGGUUUUCUAUACAGCUUACUUAUGUGAUCGUAUGCCAUAAAAAUUAUAUGAAAGUAGUAUGAUUAUUUUUUUAUUUUGGUUUUCAUAACAAGCAAUUUUUAUUUGACACAUGUUUAAAAUUACUGCCACUAUAUUUAGAAUGCAUGUUCUUUGUUAUCAAAUGUUGUACCAAAUUACUUAUUUUCAUGACUACUGCAGUAGAUUGACGUUCAGGUAUUUCAAUAGGAAUACAGUUGAAUUUUCUUGAAAAUCAAAUAUGACCUGAUUAAAAACACAUUUUCCUUUCUAGAUUGUCCUAUUGAGUCAGGGCACACUGGUGUUAGUUUAGUAUACAUAUUUGCAUGUUUAAAAUCUAGCUUCCUACCUCAAUGAUUUAAGUUUGUAUAAAAGUCCAUUACUAUGGCAAAUUUCAUAAGUCGAGUGUAUGUUGUUUCAUGCUUUAAUUAAAAGACAAAAAUUGUUCCUCGAUAUAUUUUAAAUCGUAACAUUUUUACACGCAUUUUGUACAUUAAUGUUUUUAUACUUUUAUUUUUACUAAAGUAUAUAAAUUUGGUGCCAAACAUUAUUCUCAAGGGCUAAUUGUGUGUUACGUACUUAAUUACGUUCAUUGCUCUCUCAUUAUUUCCUUUGCCCUUUGAUUUUGUAUAUAUUAUUUUAAAUGAAUCUUUAAGUUCCUUUUUUAUUUAAACUCUACUAAUACUCAUUUUCAAGCUAUAUUUUACCUCCUAGGCAGGUACUUAACAUUGUAUUUUGUGAUAACGAGUAAAUAUUGUAUCUACGAGAAAUUAACGACGAUUUCGGAUCUCAGUUAAUUUCCCACAUUCGACUUUCACAAAGACUCUCCUUUGUUAGCUUUAAAUUUUCACUAUGUAUAAGUUUGUAAUAUAAAAAAUUAUUUUACAGCAUUUGUUGAAUUUGUUAUUUAUAUACAUUUUAUUUUAUUGUCUCAAUGGCAGUUGCGUUUAGUGUUUUCUUUAUUUAUGAAUAAAGUAUAUUAGUCAUUUUUAGAAAUAAUUUUUUAUGUUUAUUGCAGCCAGAGUAGGAUUAAGAAAGUUAGCCAUGUAGUGUACAUAGUCUUAACUUAACACUGUAGACAUCACAUCAAGUAUGUACACCACUAUUGUUCAUCGUGUUACUAUAAUUAUUGUGCAAUACUUUCACUGUAUGCUCUCUAAUUUUUUUAAUAAUAUUUCUUCCAUUCUUUACCCUCAGGGUUCGAAAUUUGUUUGUAUUUCUUAUAUUUUUUUUAUAUUUCUUACAAGCUUUAGUAUUCGAAUACACGUGUAAUAUUGUUUUAAAUUCUAACAAAUAAAUUUAAGGGUUUCUGUUUCUAUUUUAUUCUAAUUAACAUUUUUUGCAUCUUGGUUAAUUUUCUGAGUAUAGUUUUUAUUAAAGUUACAGCUAAUGAGGUUGGAAUAUUUUACUGAAAUACAUGGACUUUGCUCAGACGCCUUACUUAUCUUUAGUCAAUGUGUUUCCUUAUUUAAUUUUUAUAAAAUAGUGUAUUCAAAAUUUUUGUUGAUGACAUAGUCAAAUAAUGGUUGCUAACAGACAAUUUACUCAUUAAAAUCUUUUUGGGUAAAUUGCAAACACCUGGGCAUCAUGAAGAGAAAUAAGUUUGUACAGCCUAAAACUAUAUGCAGUAAAAUUAUGGUCUAAACACAUCAAGUAACAAUUGUGCAAUAUGAAUGUUGACAUUGCGACUUAUACAUUCACAUCAGUCAGUGUGAAUAGCCUAUUUGUCUCCAACUAGUGUUUCUAACUUUAGUGUAAUGUAUUCACAUAUUGCUCAGUGGACAAAAGUAUUUAAGUACUGGUACUGUUAUUGUAGCAAAGCAAUCUACAAAAGUUUGCAUGGAUAUUAACUUUAAACGUCAGACCAUCUUUUAUUCUAUGCCAAGUUUACAUUGUAAUUCAUUAAUUAGACUGUACUCAUUAUAGUGCCAAGGUUUAAAAUUUACCCUGGUAGAGUGGUGAUUAAAGUCACUCUCGUUUUAAAACUAGGCAGUUUUUUGUUCCAAAUUUGUGACUGUUAAAGUUAUUUAACUCACUUCAGUUGAGCCUUUACUAAAAGUAAAUAAUAAUAAACAAUUAUAGUAUUGAACUGUGCAGUAACUUUUCAUGCAUAAAAAAAAUCACCUAGCAAAGUAUAACAUGUUAUUUGUGAAAGGAAUUGAUUAAAUGAAGCCUAUUUUACUCCUCAUAAUCUUGGUUCUGCCAAAAGAUGCCCCCAAAUUCAAUGAUUUAAAUUUUAAAUAUUUACUCGAAUCUAUUGAGGUCACAGGCUUUUGGUUUACAAUGUGUUUGUGAUGUUUAUGUUAGCUUUCACAUUAGGUACAGUAUGUUAAAAUAAUCUUAAAGAUCGCAAUACUUAAUACUAAAAUCUUGUUGGCAGAUUUUAGUUCCAAAUUUUGGAAUUCGCCCUUGUAGUAACAAAGAGUGCUAACUUUUUUUUACAUUUGCUCAAAAUACUUUUAAUCUUUAUAGAAAGUUGAAUAAAAUAGGUUUUUAUAAGUAUAAAAUGUAGCUAAAUACCAUUGUAGAAUGUUUAAGUCCAGCAAUGAAGACUAUUUUGCCUCAUUUGAAUUUGUAUCUAAUCAGCCUAAUGUAUAUGUCACAUUUAGUUUACUUACGAUAUAUUUAUACUUUUUUAUUCAGUGUUGCCACUUCUCUUUGAUAUUAAUGAUGCAUUUUGUUAGUAAACAUUAGCUUUAUUAGUGUAUUUAAUAUAUUUUACAUAAUUAGCUAGUAGACAAACUACUAGUGUCCCAAAGAAUAAGUCACAUAAAAGAUGCAAGGAUACCUUAACAAUUCAAAAGUGUUUGACUUUUCUUUUUUCAAGCCGUCCACCUGUUCAAUCUCUGACAGCUCUUUCUUCCGUUCCUUAAAGAUUUACCUAGUUUAUAUAAUUGAUUUCUUGUCGUAUACUUAAAAUUGGUUUUUCUUUGCAACAAAUUUUAAAUCUAACUUACCUUGUGGAGUGGAAUACAGAUACUAGUGAAAUUUGUAAAUUGUGAAAUUUAAAUAAAAUAUAACUAAGCAAAAUGUAUGCUUAUGUAUUGUAUGUAUGAAAUUUUUUUAUAAUAAAUUAAGUUUCACUA